GCUUAGACCGCUGCCAUGUAUCAUUUCCUAGCGCUCCCGUGCCAGAGCUGGGGGCGGUGGUUUGCGGCGCUGCCGGGGCUGCUGGGGGCUCUGUGGGCUCCGCCGAGGCGCUGGGGGCGCUGCGGGCGCGGCUGCUCCGCCGGGGCGCUUGGGGCGCUGUGGGCUCCGCCGGGGCGCUGCGGGUGCGGCUGCUCCGCCGGGCCGCUGGGGGCGCUGGGGGCUCCGCCGAGGCCCUGGAGGGACGGCGGCCACGUGCGCGGGGCCGCUAUGCCCAAGGCGCGCGUGGCGCCGCGGCGGGAGGGCCGCGCUGCGGGCGUCCUCUUCAACACCAGCGCCGGCCAACACAUCCUGAAGAACCCGCUCAUCGUUAACAGCAUCAUCGAGAAGGCUGCCCUACGGCGCACAGAUGUCGUUCUGGAAGUAGGUCCAGGAACUGGCAACCUGACAGUAAAGUUGUUAGAGAAAGUAAAAAAAGUUAUUGCUUGUGAAAUUGACCCUAGGCUUGUUGGUGAACUUCAGAAGAGAGUCCAGGGCACGUGUCUGGCAAACAAACUUGAAAUCAAGGUUGGAGAUGUCUUGAAAACAGACUUACCGUUCUUUGAUGCAUGUGUUGCCAACUUGCCUUACCAGAUUUCUUCACCUUUUGUUUUCAAGCUACUGCUUCAUAGACCUUUUUUCAGGUGUGCAAUACUUAUGUUUCAAAGAGAAUUUGCACUUCGUUUGGUUGCAAAACCAGGAACUAAACUGUACUGCAGACUUUCUAUUAAUACUCAGUUGUUAGCUCGAGUGGACCAUCUGAUGAAGGUUGGAAAGAACAACUUCAGGCCUCCUCCCAAAGUUGAAUCCAGCGUUGUCAGAAUAGAGCCAAAGAACCCACCACCACCUAUCAACUUCAAGGAGUGGGAUGGUCUAGUAAGGAUAGCCUUUGUUCGGAAAAACAAGACCCUGUCUGCAGCAUUUAAAUCAAGUGCUGUAGAGCAGUUGCUGGAUCAUAAUUACAGAAUUCAUUGUUCCUUACAUAAUACAGAAAUACCCGAAAACUUCAAAAUCGCAGAGAAAAUACAGACAGUCCUAAAAAAUACAGGUUACUCUGAAAAACGAGCACGUUCAAUGGAUAUAGAUGAUUUCAUUAGACUGCUGCAUGGCUUCAAUUCAGAAGGCAUCCAUUUCUCAUAGAUCCUACUAGAAGAAUGAAAGAUGAUGCAUUUUGUCACAGAAGUCUUACCUAAACCAGAGUGACUGCAAUCACCUUUUCUCACCAAAGGAAAGAACAGAAUACCGCAUACACACUCUGGUUCUUAGUAAAACCUUACAUGCAGUUUUAUCACAGAGAGAUGGCUAGAAGCUGCUGCUCUGUAUUUUAACAAUGAUGAAUUAUUUUAUGACUGAAGUGAGGUGCUGGACGUCCAUAUGACUGUGUCUUUAAAUAUUCCUAAUAACAUGGGUUGAUGCUGUCAUAACUGAAAUGUGAUCACACACUUCACCUCGGUAUUUUCUUGCAUAGUACUAAACAGUAUAACCCAUAAGUCUAGUACAGGCAACAGAAACAAGAGUGGUAGUCAUUCCAUUUGUUGGGGAUUUUCUUUCUUUCUUUGUUUUAAAGCGUAUUUAAACACUUUCUUUUGAUUUGAAAUGCUUGUCUCUUCCACUUGUCCUCUGCUAGCUACCCAUGUUCCCAAACUGUUUGUAAUCUGCUUAUCUGGGAAAAAUCCCAGUAUUUUCUCAGAAGCGAGCAUUUAUCUUGUGGGCAGGCUUGGUAUUGUUUGCAAAAGGAUUAUUGAGGUAGCCAAAACUAACAUCGUCAUCUCCUUUACCAUCUCCUUAUUGCCAUCAAACCACUGUAGCAGCCAGCAGAAAACUACCCAAAGGGCCAGCGCUCAUAAACAUAGAAGGGCUGGGUUUGUUUUUUUUUUUUUUUUGUCAACUGUAAGUUUAAGCAAUUUUUUUACCAAAGUUACUUCAACCUUCAAGACGAGGAGGAGUUCUAGCAUAGAUCAAAGCUGUCAGUGAGACUUGGAGCAAUGCAUGCCUGUGUUCUGACAGAAAGAGUACCAAAGUGCCUUCAUAUAGUUCAGGUUAUUUAUUUGUUAAUAAGGGCAAGGCAGAAUUUUCCCAAGAAGUUUGUAUUAGAUCUGCAUAGCAGCUGUCAGAAGAAAAACCCACUUUGGUCUGUCGUAUGAUUCUGGAAAACAGUAACUAUUACUAAGUCUGUAGCAUCACACAGGGGUGAAGGCAUGGGUGUAUGUGAUCUACUGUAAGUCAUCUUUCCACGUAUAGCUUCUUUCCAUAAGGUCACAAUAAGUGGAGAAGAGGCAAAUUAGCAAAAACUCACCUUGAGAUACAACUUCAUUUUAUACACGUUCAAUGUCAAUUCUUUAAACGUCAUUGAUUCAAAAGCACAUACUUAAAUAUGCAAGGACAAGAAUCAAGUUUAUCUGAGUCCUGUUGUAAUUCCAAUCCAUCACAGCAAGAAGCUACGGGAAUUCAAGUGCCGUAGCCAGCUGUCAGUUAUCUUCUCACUGCUUCAGCAUCAGUGCAGGUCUGACCUUUACAGCCCUGUCACAAAGGCUGUCUUUCAUCCCUGCAGCAGAUGAAAUUUCAGCUUGCAUCUGCUACCUGAUGGGACCUGUCAUUUUCAAGUAAAAAUCUGCUGAAAUCUAACUGCCUCUGUCCUUCGUUUCCUCUUUGGUACCCGCUGUAUUUAAACCACAGCGUGGCUGUGACUUUAGGCUUUCAUGGAGGAAUAGUAUUUCUCAUGUUGGAUGGUUCAGUCUUCAGAGGUUCUUUAGAAAGAAACCCUCUGGUUUUAUACAAUAACCUGUACUAUCACCUGCUAACAAAAGCUGCUGCUUUCCAGGUGGUGUUUUUUCCUUUGAACUGUGAUGGACAACGUUCUUGCCUGCUCAGAAAGAUGUGUUAUAAUUCUUCUAAGAGUUGCUGCACAAAUAAAGUCAGAGCAGUGGCUGGGGAAAUUCUGCCUGGAAAGCUGCCCAGCAGAAAAGGACCUGGAGGUGCUGGUAGGAUCCUGCCUUGCAUAAGAAAUUGCAUGCCAGCAGGACUCAGCACUGGUGAGGCCGCAUCUCGAAUACCGUGUUUAGUUUUGUGCCCCUCACUACAAGAAAUUGAAGUCCUUGGAGUGUGUCCAGAGAAGAGCAAUAGAGCUGGUUAAGGGGCUGGAGAAUAAGUCUUGUGGGAGGCGGCAGAGGGAACUGAGGCUGUUUAAUCUGGAGGAGGCUGAGGGGAGACCUUGAUGCUCUCUACAGCUCCCUGAAAGGAGGCUGUAGCGACACAGGUGUUGGUCUCUUCUGCCAAGUAAUAAGCAGUAGGACAAGAGGAAGUAGCCUAGGGAGCCUGACGAGAGGGGUGAGGUUUAGACUGGAUAGUGGGAACUAUUCACUAGGAUUGUCAAGCAGCCUGCCUGGGGAAGUGGUGGGGUCACCACCCCAGAAGUAUUUUAAAAAGAUGUGUUAGAAGUGGUGCUUAGGGACAUGGUUUAUUGUUGGUCUUGGCAGUGUUAGGUUUCUGGUUGAACUCGAUGAUCUUGAAGGUCUUUUCCAACCUAAAUGAUUCUUCCUCUAGGAGAAAUUUGUAUAGGAGACCUAGCUCCAGAAGUAGAUAUUCAUUCUGAAAUCGGGCCUUUUCAGAAGUGUAACUCAGGUGUUUACAAUGACAAACCCUUCCCAAACCACAACAGAAACUUCAAUAGAAGUAAAAUCUCAUCUGUAGUUCAUUUAAUAGCUUAAUUUAUUAAACACAUUAUGUAAAAUCUACAUUGUUUCAGUUUUCAUGUUUACACACAGAAGGGUUGUUUUGUUUUUAAUUUUAAUCAUGAUGCAACAAGAGCUUCCCAAAGCCUACCUUCCUAGGGGUGAUACAAACAUUAAACACUACAAGAAUUCAUGGCUCAUUUAACUCUCUUUUCAUUGCCUUCCCUUUAUUUUCCUCGAGGAGGCCUGGCACAAACAAACAGGCUUGUAUUCCAAAAGUAGUUUUUAAACAGUUCCAAGGGAAAGUCUGCUGAUACAAACUCCUGGAAACAGGGAGAACUCUUAAGAGAGGUCUACAAUUCUUCAUUUGACAAGAAGUUCCUACAUUAGAGGUCAAUCUUUUUUGGAUACUUGACUUGCAAAAAUAACUUGAGUGCCACCAUCUAAAAAGUGCCGAUACACACGGCGUCAUUUGUGAGAAUUCAGGUACUUGUGGGAUUUCUGUUAGCACUAGGUAGAGGUAUUGUGCAAAAUCCUCAAAUGAUGCAAUUUUACGCCACUUUUCAGAUACUGGCACUGUACAAAAGGGAAAAAUAGGUAUUAGCUACUUUUUUUUUAAAGCAACAGAGCUACUUAAACUACCUACAAACUACAGUUAAUGUACAUGUAAGUUUAUCAUGCAUUAA